UGUGUGAUUUGUUUAAACACUAUUUUUUAAACCAUUAAAGGUUUUGUGGUAUCAAGUUUGGGUUAUGUAAAGCGGAAAAAAAAAAAGAUUUUAAUGUAUUCAUAACUUGAGAAAAACUUAAGACUUGGGACAAUGUUUUGUUUCUAUUAAAUAAAAAAAGGGUAAUUUCUUCUUGGCAGGUCCCUAACAUUUCUGCCAGAGCCUGUUAAAACUCUAGCGGAAAUCCAGAAAGAAGAGGAGCAAAAUCUUGCGAUGGAAAAAGAAAAUUGUGGACAAGAUGUAAAAGAAUACGUAAAGGUCACAGUCCAAGUUCCCGAACAUGACCAGAAGGAUAAACCCAACGUAAAGCCUUGGGGUAAGAUCGGCAAUUCCAGUAAGAAUUGGGAAAAUGAAGAUGUUGGUAUUUCCAAAAAGAACAGAAAAAUAAAGAAUGCUCUGAAACUUAGCUAUACUGCUUUCCCCCCACUGGAGAAGUCUGAUGGAAAAGGAAGACUGAAAAAGAAGUAUGUUCAGUGAACUAACAUUUACUGACCUACAGGAGCCAAUGGAACACGCCAGUAUUACUAGCCAGAGCAAGCUGAAUAGAAAUAGCAUGCCUAAGAAAAAAAAGAAAGUAGUGAAAAAAGUAGACAAUUCCAUCCUCGGAUUUAGCUUUAAGCUCGAUCCUGAACGGAUCUGUGUCAGGGAAGGUGAUGAAGACGAUUCGGAACAAGGGACAGCCGUUUCGUAGAGAUUGUCGGGGAACUUUUAAACAUUGAAAAGAAUGGGUAACUUUUAUAUGGAAAGUUUAUUACGUAUUGUGCGAAAUAAAUUUUGUAAUACUUAAACUCACUUUAGACUUGAAGGCGUGAUUUCUUUGUAAACUUUAUUUUAAAACUCCCAGGAAGAUCGUGAAAGAGCAGAUUGUACAUUAUUUUAUGCAAGAAUGUAUUAUUUAAAUCUAUAACCCUAAUGAUGAAUUUGAAAUUGCUUAUAUUUUAAUUAGUGAAUACUGGUAUUUUAUGAUUAUAAAGCACGGUUCUCUGGUGCUUAAUACAUUUUAAAACUUUGGACAUGUAUUAUUUCUGCCCGAGUGGUUCUUUUUUUCCCCUCUUAUUCAGAAGACUAACUAUUUUACUUUGAGUUCUUACCGUAUGUUAUUUUCCUAGUGUUUGAUUUUGUUUUUUGCUCAACCUAAUCUGGGACUAUGUACUUCUGUGCCAGUGAAUAUCUCCAAUGUGUUGUUUAACUAACUACGUUGACUUGUAAAGUGUUACAAAUUAAUAGUGUUCAUCUUCCGCUAGCUACAUUUACUUGUAAAGUGUCACAGGUUAACAGUUAAUCAUCAGCUAGCUCCAUGGGGUUACAGUCUUAAUCUUCGUAACUAAAACCAUGUUGAACUAUAAAGUUCUACAGUGUGGCUUAUGAGAACUGACAUUGGUCAAGAUAAUAGGUUUUAUUGCCCAGUUCACAAUAAAACAUGUGCUAGAUGGUAAUAAGUUUUAAUAUAAAGUUAACAACAGAUUCUUGCAGUACGGCAAGCAAGAGAUGGUGGUCUGUUGCAGCAAGGAUUGUAAUAAAAUUAUCUUAUCAAAA